GUCUCUCGGAAAGGACAUCCCUAAUGCAGCUCUACUUUGGCUCCGCCGGCAACAUGAACUGAAUCUACCCGGGAGAGACCGAGGAAGAUGGCGGCGACUGAUCGUUCCCGAUCCGAAGCUGCAAAACAGCGACGGCAGGAUCAGUUACAGCGAUGGCUAGGCUCGGAAACCGAUCAGACGGGACCGGGGACGCGGGACGGGUCGACGGGAACCGGGACGCGGAGGGCCCGGGUUCGGUUCGCUCAGGGAGCCGUGUUUAUGGCAGCCUGUUCGGCCGGGGACAGAGAGGAGGUAGCGGUGCUCCUACGACAGGGCGCUGACAUCAACCACGCCAAUAUAGACGGACUGACCGCGCUUCAUCAGGCGUGUAUAGAUGAGAAUGCAGAGAUGGUCCAGUUCCUGGUGGAGAGUGGGAGUGAUGUGAACCGGGGGGACAACGAAGGGUGGACUCCCCUCCACGCUGCUGCCUCCUGCGGGUUCAUACAGAUCACCAAGUACCUGAUAGAGCACGGUGCCCGUGUGGGAGCGGUGAACAGUGAAGGAGAGCUUCCUCUGGAUGUUGCCACUGAGGAUGCUAUGGAGAGACUGCUGAAGGGCGAGAUCAAGAAACAAGGGGUGGAUGUAGAUCUGGCGAGGAGGGAAGAGGAGCGGGUGAUGCUGGCGGAUGCCAACGCGGUGCUGGCAGGAAGUGGCGUGCUGACACCUCACCCCAACACCAAGGCCACAGCGCUGCACGUGGCCGCGGCCAAGGGCUACAUAGAGGUCAUGAAGGUCCUGCUCCAGUGUGGUCUGGAUUUGGACAGUGGUGAUGUGGAUGGCUGGACAGCCCUGCAUGCUGCUGCUCACUGGGGACAGCAGGAGGUGUGUUCUCUGCUGGCUGACAACAUGUGUGACAUGGCCUCUCUCAACAACGUGGGACAAACCCCUAUAGAGGUAGCAGAUGACACCCUAGUGGACACUCUGGAGCAGCUGACUAAGAAACAGAAUGCUUUGCGUACAGAGAAAGCCAAGCUGUCCCAGCCUCCGGUCAUUGAAACCAGUCCUUCUAUCAAUAUGGCACCAGUUAGACCACGCAGGACCUCAAUCUCUCGUAUGAGCAGCAGAGAGAAGAUCUGCCUCCACGAGAGAGAGAAGCACCCUCCCCCUGCCCUGACCAGCAGCCCAGCCGAAGAAGAAGAAGAGGAGGGAGGACAAGGCCUGCCUGGGACUCAGGGACCGGGCCUGCCUGGGACUCAGGGACCGGGCCUGCCUGGGACUCAGGGACCGGGCCAGCCUGGGACGCAGGGACCGGGCCAGCCUGGGACGCAGGGGACACAGGGACAGGGCAAGGCCUCCAGCAGCUCCAGUUCAGAAGAGGAGGACGACGAAUCUGAGAGUGAUGCUGAAUCAGAGAAAGCCAAAAACCGAGAGAUCAUCAACAACUUGAACAACAAAUGCAACAGCUCCUCCACCCACGCUACCUCCACGGCAACCAGCACUUCAGGAGACCCGGCCAAAAAGCAGGACCCAGGGAAGCCCCCAGCCCCCGAAGUGGCCCCUAGCUCGGCCCCUGGCGCGGCCCCCGGCUCCUGGAGGACCUCUCUUCGUAAGGCAGGCAGCUCUGUGACCCUGGGUCCUUCAGGGGCCAACGACCCCAGCCAGGAGUCCACCCGCGGGGCCCCUGAGUCUGGCCUGGGCAUAGGGAUGACCCGCUCUGCCUCCAGCCCACGCCUCAGCUCCAACAACACCACCACAGACACCAAGGAACCCAGGACUGCCAGAGUGAACCCCAGUCCAACCAGACGUCUCUUCAGUAUGCCAGACACCAACCCAGAGGGCACUAGCAGCUGGCUGAGUCGUAGCUCCUCUUACACCCGACGCCUCAAUAGUACUGGAAGUGAUCUUAGUAGCUCCACUCCCUCCUUGCCUCUCAGCUCAUCCUAUGGACACAAACCGGAUGACCCCACGGGGACAGGAAGUAGCUCCUCUGUUGGACUCAGUCGACUCAACAUCCUGGUGGCCCAGAGACUGGCUCAGGAGCAGGCAGAGAAGAAGGAGAAGGAGCAGGGUUCUGUCACCACCACGACCGGCGGGGGCAGCGAUCUGGAGACCAAGCAGAGGCGCAAGUCCUACUUGACCCCGGUACGUGAUGAGGAGGCUGAGGCUCAGAGGAAGGCUCGCUCCAGACACGCCAGACAGUCACGGCGAUCCACUCAGGGGGUGACGCUCACAGACCUGAAGGAAGCUGAGAAGACAAUGAAGACCGCACAGACGGACGAAGGGAGAGACAAGACAAUGAAGACCGCACAGACGGACAAAGAGAGAGACAAGACAAGGAAAGAGGAGGAGGAGAAGGAAGAGGCCAAUAAGAAGAAAGCAGAAGAGGGGGAAGUAAGCUGGAGGUCCCGUAUCGCCAGCCUGCAGAAGUCUGACCUCUUGGGGCUGACUCAACCGGCCGGUACCCUUCGUCCCCAGACCUCCGGCCAGGAGAGGAGUGCAGAAGGGGAGAGUGAGAGUGACCGUAUCGCCAGGGAGAGACGGAGAGCCCGAGCCAGGAGGAGAGCUCAGAGGGCUGGAGAUAGUGAUGACAACGAGCCCAGUGGAGAGGAGGGGUUGGGAGGCAGUGGGCAGGAUCCACAGACAGACAGGCACUCCAGCACCAGGUCCGACGUGUCAUGUAACGACUGUAUCGACAGAGGAGGCGGCUCUGAAACUAAGGAUUACAAGAAGCUGUUUGAGGUGGUGUCCAGGGAGAAUGGUCAGCUCCAGUCUCAGCUGCAGGACACCCAGAGGACCAUCUCUCAGACGAGACUGGACCUGGACAAGGUUACCCAGAGACAAGAGCGGUUCAGUGAUUGUUCAGCCAUGCUCGAGCUAGAGAAGAAGGAGCGACGGAUGUUGGAGCGGCGUGUGGCUGAGCUGGAGGAGGAGUUGAAGGUGCUCGGUGACCUGAGAGCUGACAACCAGAGGCUGAAAGACGAGAACGGAGCGCUCAUCAGGGUCAUCAGUAAACUCUCCAAAUAGACGGAGAGAACGAGAGAGGGGGACAACAGGGAAGCCCACUCCCUCCCUCCCUCCGUCCAUCCACCCCUCCCACCUCACAUUCCUACCAGUGCCAAAGAAUGAAAGACAGAGAGAGAGGAGGAGGGGGGGGGGGGGGGUACAAGAAACAAAAAAAGAGAAGACGUAUGGGAAUGUGGUACUCUAAACAACACCAUAUCUUGACUUGAUUGUGACGCCUCUUCUUCCUUAGUCCUGACCAAUCGCUGUGGCUUGUCGUUGUGUGUGUGUGUGUCUUAUGCCCACUUUGAAGACAGGACCGUAUCCAUGGCAGGUAGCCGUGACAACUGUGGUCAUGACGACGGCUCGCAUAGUAGCAAAGAGGCGUGACAACAGCCAAAUGCCCAUGGGAUUGUGAUGUAAAAAAAAAAAAAAAAAAAACAGAGAAUAUAGACAAUGUACACAAGGGGGAAAUACUAAUAUGAGCACACACAUUCCUUCUCUGGGUGCCAUCCACACACAUUCCUUCUCUGGGUGCCAUCCACACACAUUCCUUCUCUGGGUGCCAUCCACACACAUUCCUUCUCUGGGUGCCAUCCACACACAUUCCUUCUCUGGGUGCCAUCCACACACAUUCCUUCUCUGGGUGCCAUCCACACACAUUCCUUCUCUGGGUGCCAUCCACACACAUUCCUUCUCUGGGUGCCAUCCACACACAUUCCUUCUCUGGGUGCCAUCCACACACAUUCCUUCUCUGGGUGCCAUCCACACACAUUCCUUCUCUGGGUGCCAUCCACACACAUUCCUUCUCUGGGUGCCAUCCACACACAUUCCUUCUCUGGGUGCCAUCCACACACAUUCCUUCUCUGGGUGCCAUCCACACACAUUCCUUCUCUGGGUGCCAUCCACACACAUUCCUUCUCUGGGUGCCAUCCACACACAUUCCUUCUCUGGGUGCCAUCCACACACAUUCCUUCUCUGGGUGCCAUCCACACACAUUCCUUCUCUGGGUGCCAUCCACACACAUUCCUUCUCUGGGUGCCAUCCACACACAUUCCUUCUCUGGGUGCCAUCCACACACAUUCCUUCUCUGGGUGCCAUCCACACACAUUGCACCAGUCCAAGGCAUCUUGGUCCCUUA